GAGAGGGAGAUCAUUGGAAACACCUGAGGGGGACAAUCAAGUAUAAAAUCCUAUGAAGUGUUAGCCCCUUUCUCAACUUCCUAUUUUGUUUUGAGGUCAGCAGCCUUGCUCUGGGAUUUAUUACAAUGAAAUCCCUUCUGGUAUUAGGAGUGCUGUGCCUUUUAGUUUGCCUAACUUGGGCUAAUGAUGAACCAGUGACUGUGGAAUGUAGUCUUCUCAUGUUCCGGGUGUCAGUGAAAAAAAAUAUAUUUGGUGCUGCCAAUCUUGUGACUGCUGAAGAACUGAUGCUUGGGACAGGUUGUCAAGUUAAUGGAGAGAAGCCAAAUAUAUUUGAGCUACACUACAGUGUGUCAGAGUGUGGGAUUCAGAUUAAGACUUUUGAAACACAUGCGGUCUAUAAAGUUAGUCUCCAUUAUACCCCAAAGAAUCCCACUUUUGGUCUUGUGACACGUGAAUUCUCCUUGGCCUGCACAGUGUUCAAGCUGCAAUAUUUCCAGAAGACAGAGAAUCCUGAUCUUUUUGGACCAGACAAAGAAGACCAAGAACCUAUUGACAUAAGAAACCAGGCUAGUGUUCCUGACCCCUCCUGUUGGAGACAAGCACUCCGUGAGAUCCCAUGGAGCAAAGCAUAAAGUCUCUGUAGAACAGGAGACUCAAUCUUGGAACCGGUUCUCUUUCCCAUCUUGUCUCUGAGUUCUGCAGUUUGUCACCUUCUUUGCCCUGGAGAUAUUGGGCUAUCUUGCAUCUUGAGAUAUUACCAAGGAGGUAGCUAAAGGACAGCCAAUGCGAAACAAGUAUAUCAUCCUCGCCACUCUGGUUCCAAACUUUGGGAAGCUGGCAUUGUUUAAACUUGCCUUGGUGAGCCUCUCAGGAUGUUUUUAACAUUCAUUUUAAAGAAAUAAACCUUUCCAGUACUGCCCUUAUUUUGUAAUCUCUGUACACAGUGGGGUUAUGUGAAUUUUAAAUAUAGAUUUUUUAGAGUAUGUAUAUAUUAAGUUUGUAGUAAUAUACACAUAAGCUAUAGACAUAUGAUCUCUAACUUUCUGCUAACUUAAUAAAAUGAAGGUGCAUGCCUGGCCUCUAAUCUGUUGCUAAUUUAUUAUAAUAAUUAAGAGAGUCUGGAAACAAUCAUGGUAAAAAUAUUGGCUGUUGUUUCUUUGUGUCCCAAGAAAAAUGAAUGAGUCAUUUUUUCUGACUCCCAACUCACCAGUUAGAAAAAACAAAACAAAACCACCACGCCAUAUUGGCCUCCACUUUGUGCUUAGUGAGCUGUAGAAGGAACAGUUCUCAGUGACAGCAAUUCUGUUUUGUGCCAGGCUGCGAAUCUUUACUUUUUCUGCUUAGGGGAGACUUGGAGAGUCUAUCUAUGAGGACUUGAGAAGCAGAGGAAUCUUGGAGUCUUAAUAAAAGUCUUAACUAUGGCCAAAUGGCUUUUCCUGUGGUCCUGCGGCAAAGGAAUGGUUUCUCCCCCCUCCAACCCCUUUUUAGACUUCAGUUGCAAGGAAAAUGAUGAGGUUUAUAUGAGGGAUGUUGUCCAAAAAUAUAUGUCAUAAGUAGAGACAUUUUCCUUUAUCUUUAAACCCUAUUCUCUUUGAAUUAGUGUCUGCCUCUGUCCAACACAGGGUCACAAUUUGGAAAUACUAGCUAGGGAAAUUAAAAGUGGUCUCUGAGGAUCCAGAGAAUUCACGAGAUUCCAUCAUCAUUGGCAUUUCCAUCAAAUCUCACCAUGAAAUCACAAGGAUUCUGUGUAACGUUUUCCCUCUCUGCAAAUAAGCUGCCUUGGCUCUCAUUUUCUCUCUGUUGUACUCCUGCUGCUCAUGUUGGUAGAUGGAGACAAGCUAAAAGGGGAGGGACAUGGGCAUAGAUAGACACGCUCCAUUUUCUGAGUCUCUUUUUAGGGAAAAUUAAGGCCCAGAAAAGCUGAGCAUACAUGUAUUCUGUAAUUCUAGUAGCACUUGGUCAGAGUGGGCAUGAUCUCUUUUCUUUGAGGGUGGAAGUGUUGAUGAGCUGCUAUGUAUUUAUAGUCUUUUCCUAGAAGAGAGAUUGGAUUUCAAUACAGGAAAGUGGACCUGAAAUUUAAUUAAAUGUU